UCCCUCAACCCCCACAACCGUGGUGCACAUUUGCAUCUGACACCCAAGCCAACACUGCCGGUGCAGUGUGUACCUUUUCCGCCCCGGCACGGUAGCACACAUAUACAGAAUUUCAUAGCACAUCUUUGAAAACAAAAAAAGAAACAAAAAUGUAUCCACCUCCGCCGCCAUACUAUGGCGCUCCACCUCCAGCAGCCUUCUACGCGCCACCACCAAUGAUGGCACCACCAAGGCGGUACUCUCCAUGGCUGGUGCCGCUUAUAUUCUUGGUGAAUCUCGGGAUUUUCAUAUGGAUAAUGUAUGAGAACAACUGCCCCUCUAGAAUGUCAAAAGAUCAGUGUAUGGGAGGGCAUUUUUUGGAUAGAUUCUCAUUCCAACCUUGGCGCGAUAACCGCAUGAUUGGUCCUACCCCUGAAACUCUCCAAAGACUAGGAGGCCUUGAUAAUAAACUAGUGCUGAAUGGUGAAGCAUGGCGCCUGUUCUCCGCAAUGUGGCUACAUGCUGGGCUGAUUCAUCUGUUCGUCAACAUGCUCAGUCUUGAUUUCGUAGGGCUCCGGCUUGAGCAGGAUUUUGGAUUUCACAGAUUCGGAUUCGUGUAUGUGCUAGCUGGGUUAGGGGGAAGUUUAGGGUCUUGCCUUAAUAUUAUCAAACAACAAAGGACAAGCAAGACUAUAUCAGUUGGCGCAUCUGGGGCAAUUUUUGGAUUGUUGGGAGCCUCACUUUCUGAGCUGAUCACAAACUGGACAGUCUAUGACGAUAAGUGCUCGACAAUCAUGAUACUCAUCCUCAAUGCUGCCCUGAACUUGCUCAUUGGAUUUCUACUUCAUAUGGACAAUUCAGCUCAUGUAGGAGGACUCGUCGCUGGAUUUUUUCUUGGUUUUGUGUUUUUUGUUAAGCCUCAGUUGGGAUAUGUAAGCAGCAAAUACAUGCCAACACACACUCAAGUCAAGCGUACAGCAAGGCACAACUUCUGUCAAUAUUUUCUGGGGGUCGUUGGUUUGGUCGUGUCCAUUAUUCUAUUUGCAACUGCCUUCGGUAAGCUAUUUAACAUAAAGGAGAUUAAACAGCAUCUGCCUGAUAGUGUAAACAAAUAUUGAGCCUGUGUAAGCUUUGCGUAAUUAAUGGACAAACAAUACUUUCAUGACGGUUCAACCGCAUGUUCUUCAAGAAAUGAAAGUAUAAAACCAUAAACUGUACUUGCGUACAUACGCAAAACGUAUGUAUUAAACACAUGCAUACGUAUCAUUGAUGUGUAUAUAUACCUGCCAAUGUUCAGAUGUAAGUGUGUAUGACGGAGAUGAUUGUCGGGAUUUAAGAGUGAUGAGUAUUUUGUGUACUGUGAUCAGAUAAGUAUUUCAGGUUUAUUAGUAAUCGAAACAAUUUUUUGUCCUUA